GACUGCAACUUCUUCUAUGUUAAUUGAAAUAUUUUUUGCCAGUAUCAUCUUUUUGAAAAUUGUUCAUUUUAUCAAUCAUUUAUUUAAGAUUUUCUUAGGCUUUAGAUUUGCGGGAGGUAGAGUGAUGAAAAAUUACAUUAUUUGGUGAUUUUUCAAUAACAAAUUUUGCUCUAACAAUAGGAUCAAGAUUCUUGAUAUAUUUAGCAAUUUCUGAAGAGGCUCCUCUAUAAUUCUUAUAUCUGC